AUGCCUGGGAAAAGGCCUCUAAAUGCAACUCCUACCCCACGUUCCAAAAGGGAACGGAAGGCAAUUACCCUGGACAUCAAGUUAGAAGUGUUACGGCGAUUCGAAGUGGGUGAGAAGCUCAGCCAGAUUGCAAAGACCUUAGGCCUGGCUGUCUCCACCGUGGCAACCAUCCGAGACAAUAAAGAAAAAAUUAAAGCGAGUUCGCAAAUAACUACACCCAUGAGAGCGUCUCGGCUGACACGCCACCGGAGCGCAGUGAUGGAGAACAUGGAGCGCUUGUUGAGUGUGUGGCUCGAAGACCAGAGCCAGAGGAACGUGCCCCUGAGUGUCUCCGCCAUCCAGGAGAAGGCUAAGAGCUUGUUUGAUGACUUACAGCGCGAACAGGGUGAAAGCUCUCAAACGGAAAAGUUUAGUGCAAGUAAAGGGUGGUUUGUGAGGUUCAAGGAGCGCCAUUGUUUACCCCACUUUAAGAUGAACAGCAAUCCUCCUGGCAGCAACGUGGACACAUACCCUGAAGUGCUAAAAAGCAUCAUUGAAGAAGGUGAGUACACCCCCUGGCAAGUUUUUAAUGUAGAUGAAACAGGGCUUUAUUGGAAGAGGAUGCCCGGAGGAACGUUUAACUCUGUGGAAGGGAAAGCUGAAAUGGGGUUUAAAUCCUCUCAAGAUCGCUUGAUGCUGCUUCUUGGUGGGAACGCAGCUGGGGACUUUAAGUUGAAACCCCUGCUGGUGUACCACUCGGAAGAUCCUGUAGCUCUUAGAGGGUUUUCCAAGCCCAACCUGCCUGUGAUUUGGCGCUCCAACAAAAAGGCGUGGGCCACCAGGGGCAUCUUUCACGAAUGGUUUACAUAUUUUUUUUGCCCUGCUGUUGAGAAAUACUGUGCUCAAAAUAAUCUCACCAACAAAGCAUUGCUCAUCCUAGACAGUGCACCAUGCCACCCAGUAAAUCUGAGUGACCUAUCCGAUAAUGUAAGAGUAGAGUAUCUUCAGGACAGCACAGCUGAUGCAAUCCAGCCCAUGGGUCAAGGUGUGGCCUCCAUUUUCAAAGCUCAUUACCUAAGAAGGACUUUUGAGCACAUCCUGGAAGCAACCGAUGGGGAGGACAAGGCUACAGUCAGGGAGUUUUGGAGGAAGUACGACAUCAUGGAUGCUGUGGACAACAUUGCAGUGGCUUGGGAGGAGCUCAAACCAGCGACAAUGAACAGUUUGUGGAAGAAGAUUUGGCCUGAGUGUGUGCAGUUCCAUAGUGUUCCCCAAACAGAUAACAUUGUACGACUUCAACAAAAUAUUGUGAGCCUUGCCCAGAAUGUGGCCUUUGAAGAGGUUGUAGAAACUGAUGUGGGCCAGUUGCUGCAGUCCCAUGAAGAAGAUCUUUCAAACGAGGAGCUGAUGCAGUUGGAACAGGAGCGGGCAGCAGGAGAGGAAGAGAGUGAAGAUGCUCCCCUUGCCCUGCGCCAGCUGACCACAGAAGCUUUGUCAGCGGCCUUCUCACAUUUUGAGGCUGGCUUGCAAAUUCUUACCAGUACUAGCCCUGAUGAUGAGUGGAAAUUGAAAAUUUCAAGAGCAAUCAAUGAUGCAAUUAACUGCUAUAGAGAAUUGUACAAUGAGAAAAAGCGACGUUCAAAGCAGCUGUCUUAG